UCCAUUGGAGAUAUUGAAGAGCAUACAUGCAGAAAAGCAAAACGGACGAAUACUUCGAGGAUUUGUGUGAUUUCACCUGUCAUCUUCUUCGUCCUUGUUUUAGUCAUCGCCUGUACAACGAUGACUGUGUUAUAUCUACAGGAAAGAAAUAAAAGUAGAGAUGAAAAUGACAAUGCCAUCAAGAUCGGUCCUAAUGCAGAAACUCAUGGGCAGAACCAGAAAACUGCGGUUUGCCCGAAUGAUCCCAUUAAAGGAAUGAAUUACACUACUGCGGGAAAAACAGGAAUUCAAGGACGCCAGUUUUUGAUCUGUUUUACAGACAAUCAUGAGGAAGCAGUUAACCAACCUAAGACCAUAUAUAUUUUAUCGGAUGAAGAUUUUGAGUUAAAAUUAAUUUCGAAGUUUUCUACACAGCUGAUCAAAGACGUUGUUACACCAACAAGAAAUCUGAUAGAAAUUAACGUUAUAAGUGCGGUAGCACUUUCAGAUUUCAAAAUCGAAGAAAAAGCACUGUUGAUCGAGACAACUAAGGAUGUGUCCGUUAUCAUCAUUGACAAUUUUAUCACAUCUUCUGAUAGCACUGGAAUUUUGCCAAUAAAAUCAACAUCAAAUUCGUAUGUCAUUUCCACACCCAGAGCGUUUAACAAAACACUAGGUCCACAAUUUGCAAUUGCCUCUCCAAGGAACGGUACUAUAAUCAAAAUUCACUUUCAUUUUGAUCCCGAUUUGCCUACGACAAUAGAUGGAAUAACGUACCAAAAUGGCAGCAUAAUGCUUCUCGUUUUAAAUGAGCUUGAAACAUAUGAAAUAUACCACAUCGUCGAUUUAUCAGGUACCUUUAUUGAUUCAACAUCUCCUGUAGCAGUAUUUUCAGGAAGUUUCUGCCAUAAAGUACCUUUUGAAAACAGCACUGAUUUUGGAUAUUGCAGUAAGCUUGAUGAACAACUUCCACCAAUUGACAGACUGGAUAAAAUGUAUAUUGUACCACCUAGUUUUAAAAAGAUGGGUACAGUCCUCAAAAUUGUGUCUCCUUUCCAAACCCGCCUUACAUAUAAGAUUGGAAAUAAACAAACGGAGAAAAUACUUCAACCGAGAGGUUUUUUUGAAAUAACAUUUUCGGAUAAAGAUAUUGUUGUCAUAGAUUCAGAGAAGGCGGUUUUGGUAACCACAUUUGCCACUGGGUCUAACGACACGGAUGGCCCUUAUAUGAUAACUGUACCGGGAUUUCGUCAGUAUACAGAUAAAUAUCUCGUGAUGGUUCCUGAAAACUUCAAAGAAAAUUACGUCACUAUAAUAAUUGAGGAAAAAUCACUUUACAACUUGAUCUUAAACGAAACGAAAAUCAUCCAUUACUUGAAUGACAGAAAAUUCUAUACAACCGUGCCAUUUAGGAAAAUGAACUUUGUCGUGCUUGUUUUACAAGUAAACGGCGGUCUUUUAAGAGUUGAAUCUACAGACACAGCGGCGUUCGGGUUAAUCGUGUAUGGUCAUAGAAAGCACGAUGGACAUGGAUUUGCAGGAAAAGCAGUUUUGCCUGACGUGUGUGUUCCCUCUCAUCAAUAAUUCAAUUUGUCUCCCCUCCGACAUUUUUCUAUCGACUGAAAUGAGUAUAUAUUGAUGUGUACACUCCUUUUUUAUUUUGUUUUUAAUUCAUUAAACAUUGGACUUUUACGAGAAGCACUGACUUAUACAGUUUACUUUGACAUUUAAACAUUCACAUCUACGGAUGUACAGAAUUUAUAUUGAAAAGAAAACCUUUCUGGUGGUCAUGGUAAUUGGGUAAUUGUGUUAGGGGCAUUUGUAUGUAAAGGCUUGGAUUUGAGGAUA